GCCCAGUGCUGCUGCCGCCAUGGUGCUGUUGGCAGCAGCUGUCUGCACGAAGGCAGGGAAGGCCAUUGUCUCCCGGCAGUUCGUGGAGAUGACGCGGACCCGCAUCGAGGGGCUGCUGGCGGCCUUCCCGAAGCUGAUGAACACGGGCAAGCAGCACACCUUCGUGGAGACCGAGAGUGUGCGCUACGUGUACCAGCCUAUGGAGAAACUCUACAUGGUGCUGAUCACCACCAAGAACAGCAACAUUCUGGAAGACCUAGAAACACUCCGACUCUUCUCUCGAGUGAUCCCUGAGUACUGUCGAGCUCUGGAGGAGAAUGAGAUCUCUGAGCACUGCUUUGACCUGAUUUUUGCCUUUGAUGAAAUUGUGGCCCUGGGCUACCGUGAGAACGUGAAUCUGGCCCAGAUCCGGACCUUCACUGAGAUGGACUCACAUGAAGAGAAGGUCUUUCGAGCAGUGCGAGAGACUCAGGAACGUGAAGCAAAAGCUGAGAUGCGGCGGAAAGCAAAGGAACUGCAGCAGGCCAGGAGGGACGCUGAGAGGCAGGGCAAGAAGGUGCCCGGGUUUGGUGGCUUUGGCAGCUCAGCUGUGUCCGGAGGCACGACGGCAGCGAUGAUCACGGAGACCAUCAUUGAAACAGACAAGCCCAAAGUAGCACCGGCGCCAGCCAGGCCUUCAGGUCCAAGUAAAGCCUUGAAACUUGGUGCAAAGGGGAAGGAGGUGGACAACUUCGUGGACAAGCUGAAAUUGGAAGGAGAGAACAUCAUGACCUCUGUAGGCAAGCGCUCUACAGAAGCAGCCAAAGUUCUUGCUUCUCCUGUUAACACAGAGAGUGUGCACAUGAAAAUAGAGGAGAAAAUUUCCUUGACCUGUGGCCGUGACGGAGGGCUGCAGAACAUGGAGCUGCAUGGGAUGAUCAUGCUGCACGUCUCCGACGAGAAGUUCUCCCGAAUCCGCCUGCACGUGGAGAAUGACGACAAGAGGGGAGUGCAGCUGCAGACUCACCCAAACGUGGACAAGAAGCUCUUCACUGCGGAGUCGCAGAUCGGUUUGAAGAACCCAGAGAAGUCAUUCCCCAUCAACAGUGAUGUGGGUGUGCUGAAGUGGAGGCUGCAGACCACGGAGGAGUCCUUCAUCCCAUUGACAAUUAACUGCUGGCCCUCGGAAAGUGGCAACAGUUGCGAUGUUAAUAUUGAAUAUGAGUUGCAAGAGGAGAGCCUGGAGCUGAACGAUGUCAUCAUCACCAUCCCCUUGCCGUCUGGCGUGGGUGCCCCGGUGAUUGGGGAGAUCGAUGGUGAGUAUCGUCACGAUGGCCGGCGGAACCUGCUGGAGUGGUGCCUGCCAGUGAUAGAUGCCAAGAACAAGAGCGGCAGCCUGGAGUUCAGCAUAGCAGGGCAGCCCAACGACUUCUUCCCGGUGCAUGUCUCCUUCGUCUCCAAAAAGAACUAUUGCAACAUACAGGUUUCCAAAGUGACCCAGGUAGACGGGAACAUUCCUGUGAGGUUUUCUACUGAAACCACCUUCCUGGUGGACAAGUAUGAAAUCCUGUAACGCCAGCCAUGGGGAGAGUGCAAAGGAAGAAAUUUUUAAAUUAAAAAAAAAGAGGCUGAAGUUUAUUUUGAAUGUUGGGACCGUUGCAGCCCCCACCUCUGCUGAGAGCCGUGGCUUCGUCACCUGCAGCGGGCCUGGGUCACAGACAUUUUUGGCAGAAAAUUGAGGUACUCAUGGAGGGAAAGGCUACAAAUUUCUUUGGCAGAUUUUUACUGGCCAGCAGAAGAGCAAGAUCUCCGCUGAGAACCUGUCUUUGGUGCGUCCCUGAGUUCAGUUCCAGUGCCUCCCAGACAUAGUUUUCCUCAAUCCCAAAGCAUUGCUGCACUGCUCCCUCCUUGGUGCUGCCAUUUUGAUUUCUCCUCAGUGCUCGUUUCUGUCGAUUGCAGAGGUUAACAGGCACCUCGCCUCUCUGCACCCUUCUGUCUGGUGGAAACAGAGCAAGUUGGUGUUGGUGUCUGAGGUGUGGAGGGGAUUGUGGGAGGGAAAAUGGACCCCAAGUUUGUCUGCUUGCCCUGCACAGUUACUGCUGUACCCCUGCAGUGUCUGUGUGGAGAGACUCGGGGUGCUCCAGCUGCUGCUGCCAGGAGAGCAUCCAGACACAACUGUCCCUGCAUGGGCUCACUGUCUGCUGCUGUGGUGGCUCUUGGGCCAGGGUCUGGAGGCAGUUUAAUUUGUUUGGAAACAGCUGUGUGUUGGUUUUGGGGUCCUUCUCUUGUCUGGGGAGGUUGAAGGCCUUGUAAUGGAGGCUCAGUUACUGAGCUUCUAUGUCAGGACCUGACCCAAACUCAUGUUUCUCAGUGGAUGUGAGUGGAGGAGGAGAUGGUGAUGCCAUGAAACUGGGUCCUGAUCUGAGUGUGAGCAGCACUCUGGUCAUGUCCCAGAGUCUGUCCUCCUCCUGCUGUCUCACAAGCAGCAUUUGCCUCAUCUCACAGACCUGUGCUCCCAUCCAGCGAGGACUGUGGGGAGCUGCCAUUGGCCCUGAGCGUGCAGCUGGGGAGCAAGUGUCCUAAAAGCUCCCCAGGGGUGGCUUUGCAGGGCCAGUGUCUCCUAGUUUCCCUGCCAAAGAAGUUUGUGGUCUCUCUGUCAGCAGCACCCAAGAGGAAGUUACUUUGAAAAUCCCUGUCCCGGCCAGCAAGCCCUGUCCCUAGCACAGUAAGCAAUGAUGAUCCCUCUGCUUGGUGUGCAAGAGCCGGUUGUUUGUAUGAUUUUAAAAUGGAGUCGAGGUUAGUUGGAGCAUCCAUGGAGCUUAUUUUGUUCCUUAAAUCGUUGAGGGCACUAUUUAAACCGAGCUCCCCCUUUUUGUAACCGUGCCUGGUAGGGAAUAGAGCACAUUCCAGUGUACGCGGAGGAACCCUGAGACUGUAAUCGAA